AUGAACAAGAUAGGAUCUACAAUUUUGGAGCAGUGUCUAAGUCAAGACCUGUCCCUGCUCACACUGGUAGAUGAAGAAUGCAGUCAGACCCCAGAUCCAUGCUGGAUGCAGGCACCAGCAGGCAAUAGGAUUAGGGCACUGGCAUCAAGGCUGCAACUUUCAAAUCCAGAACAAUUCAGGCUAAACUUGGCUUCUGGCUGUGGGAGAGGCUUCUUAGGCAGUGUCAGUUCUGAUUUGUGCCUAGAAAGUCAUUUGUUUAGAAGCUUAGUACAUGGUGGGAAUACUUCAUCUGCUGGGUUCAGGAGUGCAGAUGCUUCCCAGUGCAAUGUCAGCUUAAAGAAGCAGAGAAGCCGCAGCAUCCUUAGUUCCUUCUUCUGCUGUUUUCGGGAUUAUAAUGUGGAGGCCCCUCCAUCCAGCAGCCCCAGUGUGCUUCCGCCACUGGUAGAGGAGAAUGGUGGGCUUCAGAAGGCUGACCAGAGGCAGGUUAUUCCCAUACCAAGUUCACCAGCUAAAUACCUCCUUCCAGAGGUGACGGUGCUUGACUAUGGAAAGAAAUGUGUGGUCAUUGAUUUGGAUGAAACACUGGUGCACAGUUCAUUUAAGCCUAUUAGUAAUGCUGAUUUUAUUGUUCCGGUCGAAAUCGAUGGAACUAUACAUCAGGUGUAUGUGCUGAAGCGGCCACAUGUGGAUGAAUUUCUCCAAAGGAUGGGACAGCUCUUCGAGUGUGUGCUCUUUACUGCCAGCUUGGCUAAGUAUGCAGACCCUGUGGCUGACCUCCUGGACCGCUGGGGUGUGUUCCGGGCCCGACUCUUCAGAGAAUCCUGUGUUUUCCAUCGAGGGAACUAUGUCAAGGACCUGAGUCGCUUGGGACGGGAGCUGAGCAAAGUGAUCAUUGUUGACAAUUCUCCUGCCUCGUACAUCUUCCAUCCUGAGAAUGCAGUGCCUGUGCAGUCCUGGUUCGAUGACAUGACGGACACGGAGCUGCUGGACCUCAUCCCCUUCUUUGAGGGGCUGAGUCGUGAGGACGACGUGUACAGUAUGCUGCACAAACUCUGCAGUAGGUAGCCCUGGCCUCAGCUGCCUCUGCCUGUGCACUCUGGAGCCUCUGACCUCGGGGGACCUACCUGGCCUCAGCUCUCUCAAGCUGAUAGUGAGCAGACUCCAUGCGCCAAGCCACAGGGUGAAUGUGGCUAUGCCUACCUGAUUUGUUUUUAAGAACAGAAGCAACUAUUUUAAACAAACAAAAAAACUCUUUUAACAAAUUUCAUAAAGGGACAUGCAUUUUACUGGAUUUGCUUUUCUUAAAACAUACCAAAAACAAAAAAAAGGGGGGAAAAAGCUUGAUAUCUAUCAGACUCCUUUGAACUGUCCUCCCCUCCAAGCAGACAACCUGUCCCCUUCUGCCCCAGCUCUGAGCAGCUGACCCAACUCAGAAUCUCUUUCCUACAGGAUGAAGUGCCUUUUUGAAUGUUAUUUUAAGCUGAGAGUUAAUUUUUCUACACAGCAUAUUUCCAAACAUCUUUUAGUCUUUUACUACCUUAGAUGCUCUCAGAAGAUGAACAUGACAAUUUUCCAGAGCCUGUUAUUGUGUGUGUGGUGGGGUGUGGGCUAGCAAGGGAGGGGAUUGAGUCAUAGGAGCCUGUCUCCCAACAGGUGCAGCUUUGCUCUGGCCCCUGUGGCGUGUUGCGGGGGGGGGAUCAGGCUCCCGUUGACAUGAGGGUUUCAUUGUGACUGUGUCCUUGUCCACACUCAUUUAUAACCCACUUUGGAACGUAUCUGCAAUUGUAUAGCUCCACGCUUUAGGAAACAAUUGGUUCUUUUAUAUUAUGAUUUCUGGCGGUGACAAAUUUGUCUUGAGGCCACAUUUUCCCCUUGAAAAGUGACACCCUGUCACUUCUGCUUCCAUAUUGCUGCCAUUCUUCUGUGUGUUUUUGUUUUCUUGUUUUCAAUUUUGGUAGAAUAGUUACAAGAAACCCUAAAGCCCUUGGAUAUAUAUUUUUUAAAAAACCUGUUUAUUGAUUUUUUAGAUCUUUCCUUUCCAAAAGCUGGAUACACAUGGAGCUGUUUGGGAAUUUUCUUUGCUGCUACCGCGCUGCCACCAAAUGGAAUUGACCAGCGGCUGUUACACUGUUCUUUGCCACUGUGCCUAUGCUCAGAAUAUGCUCACUGCUAAGCUACAAACUUGGACAGAGUCAGAAACAGGUGUCCCACUCCGCUGCAGACUGCACCACCUGUCUCCCUUCCCUGGUACUGCGGCCAGGACAGCAAAAGGGUACAAAGGCAAAAGGGCCAGAGCACCACAAGAUGUGCUGUUAAUUUUAACAUGCAGUCAGCAUCAGAUCCCGUGAUAAGCUGGCUGUUCUCUCUGGAGAACCUGUGGCUUCAACAAAGCACCAAGCCGACAUGGCCUAAGUUCAUCCCUGGUCGUCGUCUUAGAAGCACAGGCUGUUUUGAGCCCAAGGUUGGGUAAGCCUGUCUAGAUGUGAAACUCUUCACUCCAGACUAGGAGGAAGAAGGGCUCCUCCUCUGAACUUGGGCUCUCCUUUCAGCCUUUCCCAGUUUGGUAUUAAGCAGUGCUGUGAUCCUUGUUUGACAACAAGGCAGUCUAUAAAGUAUUGCUCUUCAAAAUAAUUAAAAAGAACCCUCUUGUGUUGGCACCAUUGCCUUAGUCCUCUGUGGGUUGGGUCUCACUCAGCCAGAGUUCUGGUGGGAGCAACUGGCACUAGCAAGACUUGGAACUGGAGGUCAAAGUAAAAUUUCUGUUUUUUUUUUUUUAAUUGCUUUCAUUCACAAAAUAAUGAAGCCAGCUGCCAAUCAUGCCCUACCAACAGCACUUUGCACUGUGGGCUCCUGUGCAUUCAGAAGAGAAAUAUUCAGGGGGUAACCAGAUCUCCCAACAUUCUGAGUGUUACCCAGCAAUCCACAUGCCAAUUAAAAUAGAAAUUUCCCCUUGCGAGGCAUUACCACAGAUGACAAUUACAUGGCAAAUCUGCACAUGCCACAAACCUUUAUUUGGGGAACCAGUCAUUAAAUGACCCCGCUGCCUUAAAUGUCUUGAAUGUUGCAGUCAAGUGUCUGUUACGUGUUGAUGUCCACAUGGAACUAGGCCCUAACGAGAGCCUUAGACCUUCACCCAUGCCUCCUCCUGUGUUGGUGUCACAAAAGGCCAAUGCGUAAGAGGGGCAGAGAGGAUGAACUUCCAGAAUGUUUCAGGGGAAGCUAGCCUAGGAAAGUGUUCCACUUCUGACAGGUGGAAUGAAACCACGUGGCAGACUUGGCACCAGACCCUUCACCUACUAGUUCCCGCAUCUGUGAGCGCCCUUGCACUGCUGUU